AGUGAGUAUUAUGGCGCAAUCCUGGCCAAAUGGAGCAGAAACGAAGCUCGACCUCACUUUGAGUUUGUACGCCGCCUAUAGAGAGCUGUUGUUUGAACUCUAAGUUUUGCUUAUUUCAAGUAUAUUGUUUAAGUUCCCGAAGAUUUUAAUUUCAAGAUGAGAGAAUGCAUUUCAAUCCACGUCGGUCAAGCUGGUGUCCAGAUGGGCAAUGCAUGUUGGGAGUUGUAUUGCUUAGAGCACGGCAUCCAACCCGAUGGUCAGAUGCCGAGUGACAAGACAAUUGGAGGGGGUGACGAUUCGUUCAACACCUUUUUCAGUGAGACAGGAGCCGGAAAACAUGUUCCAAGAGCAGUUUUUGUCGAUCUUGAACCGACUGUUGUUGACGAAAUACGUACGGGAACGUACAGGCAACUGUUUCAUCCAGAGCAGUUGAUCACCGGCAAAGAAGAUGCCGCAAACAACUACGCCCGUGGCCACUACACUGUCGGCAAAGAACAUGUUGAUACUGUCCUUGAUCGCAUCCGAAAGCUUUCGGAUCAAUGCAGUGGCUUGCAGGGAUUUUUGAUCUUUCAUUCGUUUGGUGGUGGCACUGGAUCCGGAUUUACGUCGUUGUUAAUGGAGAGACUUUCCGUCGAUUACGGAAAGAAAUCAAAGCUGGAAUUUGCAAUCUACCCAGCACCGCAGAUUUCCACCGCCGUCGUUGAGCCGUACAACUCGGUCCUAACAACGCACACGACCUUGGAGCAUUCGGACUGCGCGUUUAUGGUUGACAACGAAGCUACCUACGAUAUUUGCAGAAGGAAUUUGGAUGUCGAAAGACCCACCUACACAAACCUUAACCGGUUGAUUGGCCAGAUCGUUUCAUCCAUCACGGCUUCGCUGCGUUUCGAUGGCGCAUUAAACGUGGAUUUAACGGAGUUCCAAACCAACUUGGUGCCAUACCCACGUAUUCACUUUCCAUUGGUCACGUAUGCUCCAGUCAUUUCCGCUGAGAAAGCUUACCACGAACAAUUAUCCGUCUCUGAGAUCACCAACUCGUGUUUCGAACCAGCCAAUCAGAUGGUAAAAUGUGACCCACGCCAUGGAAAGUACAUGGCAUGUUGUCUUUUGUACCGCGGUGAUGUUGUCCCGAAGGACGUCAACGCUGCUAUUGCUGCAAUCAAAACCAAACGAACAAUUCAGUUCGUCGAUUGGUGUCCCACUGGUUUCAAAGUUGGUAUCAACUACCAACCACCAACCGUUGUACCAGGUGGUGACUUGGCGAAAGUCCAACGUGCGGUUUGUAUGUUGAGCAACACAACAGCGAUUGCCGAGGCUUGGGCUCGUCUGGACCACAAGUUCGACUUGAUGUACGCCAAACGUGCAUUCGUUCACUGGUAUGUCGGUGAGGGAAUGGAAGAAGGAGAAUUCUCCGAAGCUCGCGAGGAUCUCGCUGCUCUGGAGAAAGAUUAUGAAGAAGUCGGCAUCGAUUCCGUCGAUGAAGAGAAUGACGAAGACGAUGAAUAUUGAACAAACAAGAAGACUUUCGAUUUUAUGCUAAUUUCAAUUCACCUAAACUGUUACACCGGUUUUAAAUAUAACCCGCUUAAACAUUAAACAAACUUGACAUAUUUUGCGGUUUUAAGUCUAUUUCAAUUUACACAAAGUGUUAAAUGUGUUUUAAAUAUCGUCUGUUUAACUGAUGGUUUGAUUUUAACAAUAAAUGCAAUGCUGAAUAACAAAA